AUGGCCGCGAGACCCUGGAUGGACGACGGCGCGAGCCAGCACUGCCUGCUCUGCCACCAGGCUUUUAGCUUUACGAACCGGAGGCACCACUGCCGGAGCUGCGCGCGCUUGGUCUGCGGCGCCUGCUCGAGCCGGAGCAUGCGUUUGGAGAGCAUCCAGCGGCCCUCGUCCUCAAUACGAAAUGUAGGGACCCAGCUGGCCAAGACGACGCUGGCCACGGCCGCCUCGAUGCUCACCACCACUACAAAUGAAUCGGAGCGCGUCUGCGACGACUGCUGGGCGCGGCUCGGCCGCGGCCGGAGCGCGACGCCGCCGCCUCCAUCACAUCACGCCGACGAUGAUGUAGCGUAUGAUGCUGAAUUGAUGGAUGUGGCCGCCGACGGUAUCAGAAACAUAGCUCUGGAAGUACGGGCGCCCGACGGCCGCGUGCUCAGCGACGGGAAUUCGUUCAGUAUGACAUUGCCAUCAUCAACGCGCGUCGCGGGCGCCUACGUCAUUGUUACGGCUCGUGAUAAGUCCAAGUCGUCGGCAGUGAGGGACGACGUCGUGGGAAGAGGUCGCGUCUUCCUCGAAGAAGGCCAACGACAUAUCCAGUUGCUGCGCGACGGUGGUGUUAAGGGCACCGUACUGGUCAAAGCGACGCGGUCCUCGGCGAAGAAACCUCUACAAGUCGCGACGAUACCACCUCAACGUCGAAACACAUGUGGCCCGUGGCUUUAUCAGAGUUGUACCCGCCCGGGACCACGGUGCACGACGCCUGUUUUGAGCACAUUAAUGGUACCAUAGUGCCCGCGUCAGAACAAGCUCUGGACGCCUUUGCCGACGUGGACAGAGGGUGCCUCAUAGUCACGUCGCACCGUUUUUUGCACGUGGCUCAUACGUUAGAUGUUAUUAGUGUGCCGCACGCGUCCAUCUUAAAUGUGGAGGUCGUCCAGCGCGACGACGCGUUGGUGCUGGUGCUGACGACGCGGUCCUAUAAAUCAAUAACGUUCUCGUCGGCAGCGCCACCAAUCGCGACUGGAGCUGGUGCCGCUCCGAGUGGCAGUGGCGCGUCGGCGAGGACCGCUUCUAUGCGAGGCCGGAGGCUGUUGUGAUCUGCGUGGAAAUCAAAUUUUGGACGCCCCACGCCAUCGAUGCGAUGUUGUCUCCGUAGUAACCUAGCUCACUGGUUGAUUUUCACACAGGUUGUGACGGCGGAUCACGACGAUAAUGACGAUGAAGAUGAGGACACGGAGCUGCUCUCGAGGCUCGGCCUGAAUGAUCUCGACGACCGCGCAUUGAGACGGAAUCGGCUGAAGCGCUUCAUCGAACCUCAGAAGGAG